UCUUCCAUGUAUAAAAUGGCAGAUUUGCUCCAACAGAUAUCAGACAUAAAGUAAUCGAAACUAGUAGUGAAACAGUGUCCAGGUGAUUGGAUAAAAGCACAAAGCCCGUAUUUCCGAUGAUAGUUUAUUCCCCUUUUUUAUUGUGAACGAUUUGCAGACUGAAAUGACGAAAUGUCAGUGAUUUUUCGGGAAACAUAGAUGUCAUUUUUUUAUUGGUAAACAAUUAUUCUAAGUGGUUUGUCGUUCAAUACUGAAGGAACUUCGUAAUUUCUGUGGCUCCAGUUUCUCUGGGACAUGUCUCAGGACUCACUCCAGGAGUGAUGGGAGAUUGUGGUGGACGUUGAGAAUAUUGAAAAAGGGAUCAUGGCUCCGAGGAGGGCUGAGGAGGUGCCGAUGAAGCGAAUCGCUGCUCCAGGAUGUCGUCUACCUACUCGUCUACCCAUCGGCGAAAUAUUGACUGAUAUCACUCAGAAAGACUGGAAGCUCGGGCCGCGCCUGGGGUGCGGAGGCUUUGGAGACAUUUAUCUUGCCUCAGACGAGACCCACAAGACUGUAACCCAGGACGCCAAAUACGUGAUAAAAAUCGAGCCCCACUGCAACGGUCCCCUCUUCGUGGAGAUGAAUUUCUACAUAAGAGCAGCCCGCCAGCACCUCAUAAACAAAUGGUGUGAGAGCCAGCAGCUCUCGCGAAUAGGAGUCCCCAGUUACGAGGGCUCGGGCUCGCACACCUACAAAGGCGAGCGUUUUCGAUUCCUCGUGAUCCCGCGUUAUGGCAUUGACGUUGGUCAGUUAUUCCACAACUACGGUAGAAAGUUACCAACAAAAUUGGUGAACAAUCUAGCAGUGCAGAUGCUGGACGCCCUGGAGUACAUUCACAGUCACGGUUACGCUCACGCGGACGUCAAGAGUUCGAACAUUGUCCUGGAGAAUGCGCCCACAAUUCCGGAGAAUCCGAGAGCCUACCUGGUGGACUAUGGCCUGGCCUAUCGUUUUCGAACGACAGCUGGCAUGCACAAGCCCUUCGUUCACGACGAGAGAAGGGCGCACGAGGGAACACUGGAGUUCACAUCGAGGGACGCACAUCAUGGCACUCACUCGAGACGAGGGGACAUGGAGACCCUGGGGUACAAUAUUUUGCAGUGGCUGUGUGGCAAACUCCCCUGGGAGAGGGACCAAGGUGGAAUGUCCCCCAGCAGUGAUCCUGAUCACGUUCACACACAAAAGGAAUUAUUCCUAUCAGAUAUAACGCAUUUCAUGAGUGUCUGCUUUCCAGACAGAAAGAAACCCCCCGCAGCUAUAAAAUCGUACAUGAAGUACAUCUCAACGCUGGAUUUUCAAGCCAAACCGAAUUACUCGUACUUGAGGAGUUUGUUUAAACCGAGGGGAAAGAUGGAGAGGGUCAGCUGCUCGUUGGGAUCACCUCUGGGGAAACGACUGGUGGCUGAUGAGAAUAUCGACUACUUGAGGCCCAAGAAGAUGCCAUAUCUCAGGGAGAGGAGACCCUGCAAGCCUGUUAACUGCGAGGGGAGGAUCACCAGGAAUCAUCAGGUGCCUGUUGAGAUCGAAAAGUUCAGCUGGGAGGAGGUGCUUGCUAGGCAUCCGGAUAAAAUGGCCAAGAGCAGUUUGGUGCAGACUCUUGAGGAUGAUGUGCUCAAUGGCUUGACACCACCUCCUUCACCUCCACCACCCUCUUUGCCUACUUAUGCUAUGCUGCAGGUGAUGAAGAGGAUGAAGGAUAGGCAGGCAGGGACUUACAGACAGAAACCUAAAUCCAAUGAAGAGCUGAAGGCCAAGUGGAUGACACCAGCCAUGGAAGAAGUUGCGCAAUUGAAGAAGAAAGUUCAAUCGGUAAUGUCAAUGCCAAGAAAGACCAUUUCUCCUCGACUGACACGUUCACGUGUUGCUCGGUUAAAUCGUAAAUAGUGAAGGGGGGAAGAAAAAAAUUUCACCUCCACAUCUCAAUUCACAGGAAAAGGUUAAUAAACGUGAGGAAAUAAUCGGCCUUGAAUAUUCUCAUUACUUACUUUGCAAAUAGCAAAUGGCAAACAAUAUUGUAUUACCUAGUAUUUUUACUAUUAAUGAAUUUAUAUAGUCGAUUCCAGUCAGGUAUCAUCUCUCUUUUGACGAUUAUGAUGUAAGAAAUCAUUUGAGUUUAAUCCUCAUGAGAUGAAUAUUUUGAGUCUCGCCAAUUUUAUAAGACUGCGUUAUUUUCACUGAAUUUUUAUCGGCGGUAGUUCAGGGGAAAUGUGAAACGGUACAUCGCCUCUUUGUCCAGCAUUCAUUUUCUAUAGAUUCUUUGAAUAAUUCAAGAGUGAAGGUCAGUUUUUUCAUAACAAUUAUGAAUUUAAGAGAAUACGUAUGGGGAAUUUUUUUUGUAGUCAUCUAUUUUCUGCAGAAAUAAAGUGAGAUCUUCACAGAAAAUUUAUCUCUACGUGUUACUGACUUACCCCAUUUCGCCGCUUCAUCACUGAAUUAAUUAAUCUUCCAUCUCAGUUUCAAACGAAAGAACAAAAUCAUGAAAUUUGUAUAGAUUAUUUGUAAGUAUGCUUCAAUUCACUUCAUCCAUUAAUCAGCGUAAUUCCGAUUGUAAUCCCGAUUGAAUUGUAAUUUUUGACGUAAAUCAAGCAACCGCUUAUCGAAAUAGAUUAUUUUUUCUAUUUUCUACUUGUCACAGUCACGUUUUUUCGUUGUCGAGGGCGAUUUUCACGUUUUAUAACAUCGGAAGUUUUUUGAAUCAACGAAAUACCUUUCUGUUGAUCACCAGGCAGGAAUUGUUUCGUUUGAAUAAUUCAGCAGUGAAGAUCAGUUCUUUGAAUAUAUUCAGCAAAGUAAGGGAAUACGUAUGGGGAACUUUUUUAUAGACAUCUUUUUUCUGCAGAAAUAAAGUGAGAUCUUCACAGAAAAUGGAUCUCUACGUGUUUUUGACUUACCCCAUUUCACCACUUCACUACUGAAUUAAUUAAUCUUCCACCUCAGUUCCAAACGAAAGAACAAAAUCAUUAAAUUUGUACAGAUUAUUUGUAAGUACACUUUAAUUCACUUAGUCCAUCAAUCAGCGUAACCCCGGUUGAAUUUUAAUUCGUACGUCUUUUGACGCGAAUGAAGCGAAUAAUUAUCGAAUUACAUUAUUUUUUCUAUUUUCACAGUCACGUUUUUUCGUUAUCGAGGGCAAUUUUUACAUUUUAUCACAUCAAAAAUUUUUGCAUCGCAGGAAUUGUUUCAUUUGAAUAAUUCAGUAGUGAAGAUCAGUUCUUUGAAUAUAUUCAGGAAUGUUGGGAAUACGUAUGGAGAAUUUUUUAUCGUCAUCUUUUUUUCUGCAGAAAUAAAGUGAGAUCUUCACAGAAAAUUGAUCUCUACGUGUCAUUGACUUAUCCCAUUUCACCACUUCACCACUGAAUUAAUUCAUCUUCCAUCUCAGUUCCAAACGAAAGAACAAAAUCAUUAAAUUUGUAUAGAUUAUUUGUAAGUACACUUUAAUUCACUUAGUUCAUUAAUCAGCGUAAACCCGAUUGAAUUGUGAUUUGUACAUUUUAUAACGUGAAUCAAGGGAAUCAUUAUUAAAAUAGAUUAUUUUUUCUAUUUUUAAUGUUUCAUAGCCACGCUUUUUUGUUAUCGAGGGUAUUUUUUUUAUAUUUAAUAUGGCAGAUUUUAUCACCGAGUGAGCUAUUGUUUCCUUAUAUUCCGCAUUAUUAUUUUCAAAUGCUCCACGGCUUCACCGUAUUGUACACUACGAAAUAACCCAGCUUGCGGCUUUACCGUGAGAAGAAUUAGUACAUAAUGAAGUGAAUGAUUUUUAAUGCGAAUAAGCAGGUGUGGAGUUCCACGUUAAAGAUAUCUUCCAGUGUACGGAGAUAAGACGAAGUACAUACAGACGGCUUUCGUCGUUAAUUCAGCGUGAAUAUAUCGAUAUCCAAUUGUAGAAAAAUAUUUAAGUGAAACUCGUUACUCAUGAAUUCUGUAAUAUUCAUAUUGAGUGAAUCACUGUCAUUUAUGUAAAUAUAUAGCCGUCAUGUAUUGAA